AUGAGGCUUACCUCAGCCUGCUGUGUAGAUAUUGACCUGCUGGAGUCACAAAGAAAAGUCCUGACGAGUGUUUCCCACACCUCCAGCAAGGCUGCAGUUCUCGUUUUGCUGGGAGUCCUCUGGACUCAGGCUUCUGCAUUGCAGACCUAUGUCCUGCACGAGCCUGGCAGUUCCUAUGUGACAGGGACCAUGACUAUCCACAGUGAGAAUCAGAUUGCUGAAGUCCAUGUCCGUUCUGGCAUCUACUCCUCUGAUACCAUUUUUGACUACUCAAAGGGGUAUAUUGCCACCAGGCUGUUCUCACGCCAGGCCUGCUUCAUCCUGAAAAUCAACAACAAAUACAUCCCCAAGCUGCAGGAGAUCGGGCGCCUGGCCUUUGAGAGAGAGACAAUGAAGUCAAUCUACUCUCCAAACAAUGUGUGGGUAGAGUUUCAGUCUGGUCAUUCCCUCUUUGGGAACAUCAAGAACUGGUUUCGCUACGGGGAAGCCAUCAAACAGCUCUGCUCAGGGCUGCCUCUCUACGAGCUGGUAAAGACCCAACCACCACUGAAUCCUAAUGGCUGUGCCAGUGCAGGGAUUCCAAGCAUUUUGGGUCUUAAAAUCUGUGAAAAACUCCAGUAG